UCAGUGAGGCAGUUGCAAAUUAUCAACCAUAAAGUCAGGACGUAUACUUCUCUCUACCUACAAUCAUCGAAAUGAGAUUUAUUUUAUUUUAUUUACUGGGUCUGCUCAGCGUGACGAGCUUGACCCAGGGAGCUAGUAACCUGAUCUGUUACUAUGACUCAACCUCGUAUUUGCGCAAGGGUCUGGCCAAGCUGCAGUCCUCGGAUCUGGAGUUGGCCAUGCAGUUCUGCACCCACUUGGUUUACGGCUACGCCGGACUGAAGCCCGAUACCCACGAGUUGUUUAGCCUGAACGUGGACCUGGAUAUGUUCCACUACUUUGAGGUUACGGACCUGCACAAGAAGUUCCCCCAGCUGAAGAUCCUGCUGAGUGUGGGCGGUGAUCACGACGUGGACGAGGCUCAUCCGAACAAGUAUAUAGAGCUCCUGGAGGCGAAUCGCACUCAGCAGCAGAACUUUAUAGAUAGCAGCAUGAUUCUGUUGAAGAGAAAUGGAUUCGAUGGUCUGGACUUGGCCUUCCAGCUGCCCAGAAACAAGCCCAGAAAGGUGCAUGGAGCUAUUGGCGGUUACUGGAAGCAGUUUAAGAAACUGUUUACCGGAGACUUUGUGGUGGAUCCCCUGGCGGAGCAUCACAAGUCACAGUUCACGGAUCUGGUGAUGAAUCUGAAGAACGCCUUUCGCAGUGCCAAUCUCAUGCUGAGUCUGACUGUGUUGCCGAAUGUGAAUUCUACAUGGUACUUUGAUGUCCCCAAGCUGCAUCCCCACUUUGAAUACAUCAACCUGGCUGCCUUUGACUUCUUAACGCCCCUCCGCAAUCCCGAGGAGGCUGACUUCACUGCUCCUAUCUUCCUCCAGGAUGAACAAAAUCGCCUGCCACACUUGAAUAUUGAUUAUCAGAUUAAUUACUGGCUUCAUAAUCAUUGUCCCGCUCAAAAGUUGAAUCUAGGAAUUGCCAGUUAUGGACGUGCCUGGAAACUGACAAAGGACUCUGGAUUGAGUGGCCUUCCUGUGGUCCAUGAAACUUAUGGUCCUGCUCCCGGAGGACUGCUUAUCAAUAGCGUGGAAGGUUUACUGAGUUGGCCGGAGAUUUGCUCGAAAUUGGCACAGAAUUCAUCGGCUCAAUAUAGGGGAGAGAUGGCACCGCUUCGCAAGGUCACGGAUCUUACACAGAAAUAUGGGAACUACGCCCUCCGUCCGGCAGAUGACAAUGGUGAUCAUGGCGUGUGGCUGAGCUUUGAUGAUCCGGAUUUUGCCGGAAUAAAGGCAACCUAUGCCAAGGGCAAGGGGCUUGGAGGAAUCGCCGUUUUCGAUCUAAGUUGCGAUGAUUUCCGGGGCCUCUGCACUGGCCAGAAAUUCCCCAUUGUGCGAUCAAUUAAAUACUUUAUGGCCUAAAGUAUUUAUUAUUAACUAGCUGAAUAGUUGAAUAUUUUAAUUUUGAUAUUAAUGAAAAAGUUAUGAAAAUAAAAAGUACACUUUAAAA